GUGAUAAGAGGUAGGACCUCGCGUCUUGAGCGCCGAGGCUUCUUUUGUUCACGUCAACUUCCACCUUAACCAUCUCUCCCAAACCACACUCCACCACCAUGUCCAAGUCCGUACUCAUUACCGGCUGCUCAAAAGGCGGCAUAGGCCAUGCACUGGCCCGCGAAUUCAAGAAGCACGGCCUGCGCGUCUUUGCCACUGCCCGCAAAGCCGAAACCAUUUCCGACCUCGCCGAUCAAGGAAUUGAGACGCUGUCUCUGGAAGUCACAGAUCAAGACUCAAUCGACGCUCUGAAGCAUGAAGUUGAGAGCCGUACUGGAGGCCGACUGGACUACUUGGUCAACAAUGCUGGACUGAACUGUACUGUUCCCGCGCUGGAUGUCGAGCUCAAAGACAUUCGAUUGACCUUCGAGACGAAUCUCUUCGCCGUCAUUCGCAUGUGCCAGGCAUUCGCUCCACUUCUGAUCAACGCCAAAGGGGCCAUUGUACAAAUUGGCUCGAUUGCCGGUAUCAUGCCAUACGUCUUCGGCAGUGUCUACAAUGCUAGCAAAGCCGCUCUGCAUUCUUACUCAAACACUUUGAGAGUCGAGCUAGAGCCUUUCGACGUCCGCGUUGUCACUGUUGUUACUGGAGGUGUCAAAUCCAACAUUGCCAGAACACAUCGAACCUUGCCAGAAGAUUCCAUAUAUCUGCCACUAGCAAAAGAGUACAACGAGCGCCUAGUACACAGCCAGUCACAAGGCGUGCCAAACGAAGACUACGCGAGGCGUGUAGUAUAUCAACUCAUCAACAAACCCAAGAGAGACCACAUCUGGGAGGGUGGAAAGUCAUGGCUCAUAUGGUGGGUGUCAAACUUCUUGCCGAGAAGAGUGAUGGACCUCGUCAUGAGCAGAAUGUUCAAGUUGUGGAAGUUGAGGGGCACGUAUCAGAAGAAGAUCGCCUGACGGCGACUUUCAGCACAUUUAGAGCGUCUGUAUGGGGCUCUUGAUUAAAGUAGUAGAGGAAAAUGGCGACUGUACUAGGGUUUAAUCUAUCGUUGUUCAUUCAUGUUCAUCCUUUCAAUCUAGACAUUAUCAUUUCCACGCCGUUUCGUGGCCUCAAUUUGGGUAUCCCGACGCCUUCGCUAAAUUCACAAAAAGCAAUCGUGCC